ACAGCGAAGCACACCCUAACGAAGUAUACUUACUACGACCAUGGCACUCGCUAUUAACACGAAUCACAACGUCGCCGACCUCGAGGACAUCCUCAACCCCAAGGACGUCAAGUCGUCCGUCAUGCCCCGCUGGCAGCGCAAGGCGAUGGCCAAGGAGCGGUCCUGCGACCGGUUCAUCCCCACGCGGACGGCGAUGAACUUCGAGGCCGCGCAGCACAAGAUCGAGGGCUCGGAGAACGAGUCCGAGGGCGAGGCGGCGCAGAAGCGCGACGCGGCGCUCAAGGCGGGCCUGCUCAAGGACGGCUGCGUCGACGGCGAGGAGGGCUCGCGCGUCCUCGCCUACAAGCAGAAGGCGCCGGCGCCGAAGGCGGGCUACGUGAACCACCUCCACGUGCUCUACACGGCGAACCACGGCGGCCCGGGCCUCGAGGGCGCGUCGCGGCGCAAGGCCAAGUCGACGCGCCACAUCCCCAGCGCCCCGAGCCGCGUGCUCGACGCGCCCGACCUCCUCGACGACUACUACCUCAACCUCACGUCGUGGGGCGCGAACAACUGCGUCGCCGUCGCGCUCGGCCCGACGGUCUACGUCUGGAACGCGGCGUCGGGCUCCAUCACGGAGCUCCUCACGCUCGAGGAGGCCGAGGACUACGUCUGCUCCGUGGCCUGGCUCCCCGGCGAGACGGGCGCGGGCCACCUCGCCGUCGGCACGGCCGCGGGCUCGACGGAGCUCUGGGACGUCGCGUCGACGCGCGCGCUGCGGCGCAUGGACGGCCACGCGGCCCGCGUCGGCAGUUUGGCCUGGAACGGCCACACGCUGUCGAGCGGGUCCCGCGACGCGACCGUCGUCCACCACGACGUGCGCAUCCGCGACCACGCCGUCGGCUCGUGCGUGGGCCACGCGCAGGAGAUCUGCGGCCUCGCCUGGAGCCCCGACGGCACGACGCUGGCGUCGGGCGGCAACGACAACGACGUCAUGCUCUGGGACGCGGCGACGACGGGCGCGCGGUCGCAGGCGCCGUCCAAAGUCUUCUCGGAGCACUGCGCGGCCGUCAAGGCGCUCGCCUGGUGCCCCCACGACCGCCACGUCCUCGCCACGGGCGGCGGCACGGCGGACCGCUGCAUCAAGCUCUGGAACGCGUCGCGCGGCGGCGACGCGCUCAACUCCAUCGACACGGGCAGCCAGGUCUGCGCGCUCGCCUGGAACCCGCACGAGAAGGAGCUGUUGAGCGGCCACGGCUACGCGGAGAACCAGCUGUCGCUCUGGAAGUACCCGACCAUGGCCCGCGUCAAGGACCUCAAGGGCCACACGGGCCGCGUGCUGAGCCUCUGCACGUCGCCGGACGGCUCGACGGUGCUCUCCGCGGGCGCCGACGAGACGCUCCGCUUCUGGGACUGCUUCGCGGCCCCGGGCGGCAAGAAGGACAAGAAGCAGCGCUCCGCGACGCUCUCCCAGGGCAAGAUGAUGCACCUCCGCUAGGGCGCUCCUUUUUUCGCGCGACUCCGCCCCCGCCCCCGUCCGCGUCC